AUGGCCACACCGAAUGGCUCCUCAGUGACUGUCUUCAUCCUGGCGAGGUUUGCAGGCCAGCCUCAGCUCCACUUACUUCUCUUCUUCCUCUUCUUGUUGAAUUCUGCAGUCAUCGUGGUGGGAAAUUUGAGCCUAAUCAACCUGAUGCUGAAUUCCCACCUUCACAAACCCAUGUACUUUUUCAUCUUCAAUAUGUCUUUCAUAGACCUCUGCCACUCUCCAGUCAUCACCCCAAAGAUGCUCGUGAGCUUCAUGUCAGAGAAGAACUUCAUCUCCUUCACGGGAUGCAUGGCCCAGCUGUUUCUUUUCUGCCUUUUUGUCCACUCCGAGUGCCACGUGCUGACAGUCAUGGCCUACGACCACUACGUGGCCAUCUGGAAGCCCCUGCUGUACACGGCCACCAUGUACCCGCAGGCCUGCGCUCGGCUGCUGGGUAGCUGCUGUGAUGGGUUUGCAGGUGCCCUGGCCCACACAGGGAACAUGGUCAGAUUAUCCUUCUGUGAUUCCAACACCAUCAACCACUACAUGUGUGACAUCUUCCCUCUCCUGCAGGUCUCCUGCAGCAGCACCUAUGCCGAUGAGCUGAUGGAUUCUGGGACUGUGACCACCGUUGUCAUAGCAUCCAGCUUGGUUAUUUGCAUUUCGUACGCUUUGAUCCUCUCCAACACUCUCCACAUCUCAUCAGUAAAGGGUUGGUCCCAAGCCUUGGGCACCUGCAGCUCCCACGUAAUAACCGUCACCCUCUUCUAUGGUUCUGGGCUGGCCACACAUCAAGAUCCCUGCUGCUUCUCUGGGAGAAGCACCCACUGCUGGCCCCAGUACUCUUCCUUUUGCUGGACAGAAUUUUUUUUUCAUAGUACCCAGUCCUUUCCAAGUGUCACCAGGCUCAGAGUCACAAUUAGAAAAGCAAAUGGCCGCGACCGACUUCACUGUGUGCUAGUUACAGGCACGCACCGAGGGCAGUCUUCUGUGACUCAGAUGCUCUAA